AUGAAUGUAUCGCCCACGUCGCCCGAGUCUCAUCCGCACAGGAUUGAGCGACGAAGAUCAGUAGGCGAAUCGAGCGUGGGGGCCUGGUCUACCCGACCAAAACCAGUGGCUACGGCCUGCGAGCGCUGCCGAAGGAGGAAGAUCAGAUGUGAUGGUGAAACGCCCUGUGCGACCUGUCGACGAUUCUCGAUUGCUUGUGUGCGACCGCGCAAGAAUAGCGAGACCCAGGCGGCACUGGAGCAGCGUGUUCGGCAGCUCGAAGCGCAGAUUGUUGAGCUCAGUACGGGGUUUGUGUCUACUUCUCAGACUCAAAUCCCCGGGGUACAGGGUGUCGAUUAUCCAUCCCCAGCCAGAAAGGCGCCCCCUGUGCCUUUGACGCUGAAUACUCAAUUCGGAGACGGUAGGCAGGAUCCCGAGGAUAUAGCCUGUGAUGAACCGUUUAAACAUGCUGUUGGCGAUUUCGAUUCCCCCGGUUUAGACAUCCCUCGUAUAGAGAUCGUCGAUUGUGCUGGUUUAUCACCGACCUCGUUAACGCCUACCCCGUCUUUGCCAUCCGCCGGAUCGGUGGCGUCCAGUCCCAUGUCCGGAACCCUGGACGCCGGCCUCAUUGCGCCUCACUUCGGCUUGGCCUUGUCGCCCCCGAUGUCGACUUCUCCGUCGCCCAGCUACGAUUCGCUCCCGUAUCUCUCGCCAACUAGUGUUGCCGAGUCGUCGAUUUCGCGCCGAUCCUCGGUCUCGUCACUCGGUCUGGACAUGGACUGGGGAGGGCCCAACAUCACAAUACCCGAUAGCCCGGACGAUGAUCUAUCAUUCAACUCAUUCGCACCCCUGCCUUCCGAUGUGCGGCCCACACCUGUCCCUACGAGAUUCGAGGCCGAGACUUUACUCGACCUCUUUUUCGAGAAAGCACAUGCCUUCGGGUAUCCUGUUGACCAGAGCCGUUUUCGCGCAUUCCUCGACAUAAUCGAUGGUUCGUACGAUAGACCUCUGGGGCCCGGUCAUCCACAACCGGUAUCGAUGGCGCGGUUCCAUGUAUACAUGGCUAUGGCGAUUGGUCUGCGACUCAAGACGGAUGGUCGUGCGACAGGGAGUCGACUACUAGAGAACUGUUAUCGGCUGGCGCUGGAUCAGAUCCGGUCACCUCAGUUCUGGAGUCAACCGUUGGCAGGGGAAGCAGCGAUGCUGAUGGUACUGUUUGCAAGAGCGAGUCAGGAUCGAACAUGUUGA